AUGACCGGGCCAUUCGUUCCAAUCCGUCAGCACGAUACGGGAGGUAGCAUCAUCUACGCGCUAAAGGAUGACGACACGGCGAAAGACUCCACUCAUUCACUCUGGUUUUCUAUGGUCAUGUUGCUUCUACUCACUGUCGUGAUUCUAGCGGAUAUUUCGCUUAUUUCUGCUUGGAGCAAAACUGCCAAUGUAUCGACCGAAAUCUUAUUUCUUGCAUCCCGGUACACCAACAUCAGCACAAACCCAGGGUGGUCGUUGUUAGAGCCACCGACCUUUAAACGCUACACACACUAUGACCUACUGUAUACCACACUUUCAAAAAUUCACUCCACUUGCCCAGAAAUCACACGAGUGUACGACAUUGGUCGAUCUGUCUUGGAUCGAAAGCUAUGGGUGCUUACUCUGGGCGAUCAUCCCGAUGUUCACGAACCUGGCGAACCAGAAGUAAAGUUGAUAGCCAAUAUCCAUGGCAACGAGCCCAUUGGACGUGAGCUACUCAUUAGGCUCGGUUGGAUGUUUUGUUUGAACUACGGACAGAAUCCGCUGAUCACUUCGCUUCUGGAUAAUACCCAGAUUCAUCUGUUACCUUCACUUAACCCUGACGGAUUCAAAGUGUCCACAGAAGGCGAUAUUGAUAGUUCGUUGGGUCGUGCGAACGAACAUGAAGUGGAUUUAAAUCGUAAUUUCCCAGAUCAAUAUUACCAGACAAAUGACAACAGCAGACAGGAACCAGAAACAUCUGCCAUCAUUGCUUGGACUCAUAGCCGCCCUUUCGUCCUUUCGGCCAGUCUGCAUGCCGGUGCGCUUGUGGGUGUCUAUCCAUUUGAUGGUAGCAUUAAUCGCACUGCCUACUAUCACGCUUCUCCAGAUGACGCGACUUUCCGUCAUCUGGCCACUACAUACAGCAGAGCUCACAAGAGGAUGCACUCUGGUCAUGUCGCUUGUCACAACGAGUCCUUCGUCGGUGGCAUUGUUAAUGGCAAUCGCUGGUAUCCCGUGUUCGGCGGUAUGCAGGAUUGGAAUUAUGUGCACUCAGGAUGUAUGGAGAUCACCCUGGAGUUGGGAUGUGUGAAGUAUCCCAAAGCGGAUCAAAUUGUCAGAUACUGGGAUGAGAACAAAUAUGCUCUACUGGUUUUGAUUUCAGAGGUGCAUCGUGCUUUGCGCGGCUUCGUAUUAGAUGCACACACGCACAAAUCCAUCGGUAAUGCUUCCAUUCAUGUGUUAGACAACGCCCAUGUUGUGCGCACUACCCUUGACCUGGGUGAAUAUUGGCGACUGCUUCCACUUUCAGGCGUUUAUCACUUGUGGGCUUCCAAGCCAGGUUACUUCGCUUCCGCGCGGAUCACGAUCAACGCUUCUGAACUGCCCUUCGUUCGGCACACGCACUCUGAACAGUUAAAUUUUACGAUUUGGCCAGACUUGACUUCUGAAUGGUCCCCCGAGUUAGAUUUCAAUAUCACGAAGAAUCGAUUGCCCUCCUAUUUCACCGAACCAGAUGUGCGUGCUGCUAUCAAAGCCUCUGUAUAUGGCGAUUUCAUCACCUUGGGACAGAUAUCUUACUCCACAGAUCAUCUGAAGGCUGAUCUUGUUGGUGUGGAGAUUGCCUUGGCACCUAAAGGUUUGCGUAAGCCUGCUAGUACUGCUCUAUGGGGAUCCUCAAAACCAAUCCACAAACUUGCCGGUCAUAUCCGCGUCCUUCUUUUGGCUGGUGUUCAUGGCUGUGAUUAUGUCUCCACCGAGAUGGCCUUACGGCUCUUGCGCCAUUAUGCCAAAGACUCGCCACUGCUUCGAGGCACUAUGGAUGUUUGGUUAAUGGAGUCCCGUAUCACAUAUUUGAUAAUCAAACCGUCUACCUGA